AUGGCCUCCUACCUGGCCUCCAUCUACGGCACCGAGCAGGACAAAGUCAACUGUUCGUUCUACUACAAGAUCGGUGCAUGUCGUCAUGGCGAUCGCUGCUCGCGGAAACAUAUCCGUCCGCCCUUCUCUUGCACACUACUUCUGUCCAACGUCUAUCGCAAUCCGCGACAUCACGAGCAAGACUGCACCAUCACCGACUCCGAGCUGCAGGCUCAAUUCGACGCAUUCUACGAGGACAUGUUUGUCGAGCUUGCCAAGUACGGCGAGCUGGUGGAGAUGCAUGUUUGCGACAACGUUGGAGAUCAUCUCAUCGGCAACGUGUAUGCGCGGUACAGAUACGAAGCGGAUGCGCAACGGGCCGUGGAUGCGUUGAACGAUAGGUGGUACGAUGCCAAACCGCUAUUUGCCGAGUUGAGCCCCGUGACGGACUUUCAGGAGGCAUGCUGUCGACAGAACGAGACCAACGAGUGCAACAGAGGCGGAUUCUGCAACUUCAUGCACCUCAGGUACGCGAGCAGGCCGAUACGCAAGGAGCUGAAUCACCAGCUGGCGGUCGAGUUGCGGAGGAGAAGAGAGGAAGGGAGGGACACGGCGAAAGGCGUCAAGAAGAAAAUGGGCUGGAAGGAGAGGUUGGCAUUGGAGCAGGGGGAGUCGGUCGAUGCUGGAGAAGAUGGAAGCGGCAGCGAGCAGACGGAGAAGGCAGAGGCAAAGAGGGAUUGGAGGAGUGGCAAAUCCGGAGGCGAUUGGAGGAGUCAGCCUAGAGUAGCAGAAGUGAAUGACGAACUUGCAAGGGGAACGGCAGAGGACAGGUCGAGAGAGCAUUUGUAA